UUCCCUGCUGCCAGAGGGGCGUGAGUGGCAGGCGAGGGAGGCUGCGCCGCUGGUUGCAAUGGUUACAGCCCCGCACAGGCAGCGCUAGGGACGCGCGCGCACUCCCGGGACCGGCCUGGGCAGAGGCAGGCAGGGCGAGCGCGCGCCGGGGAAGGGAGCGCGGACCCCGCCGAGCCCCCUGCUUGCGUCGACCCUCCCCCUGCUCGCAUCGACUGCAGCGCAGCUUUUCCAACGCAGGAGGAGAAGAGCGCGACUUUGGAGCGAGUUUGGAGCUUGCCUCUCCCCCUCCUCCUCCUCUCCCUCCUGGCCAAACAAAAAGAAGACGGCGUCGGAAGGCAGGCGGGCGGGCGAUGGGAGAUCCAGGACUUGCAAACUAGCCGCAGGGAGGAGAUGCUGGACCCCACCUCCUCUGCAGAUCCCUGUUAACCCUGUGUUGGGAGCAAGGGAGGAGAAAGAGAGCGCCCCUCUUUUUCCAGCAAGGCAGGAUCGAGUCUGACUGAAGCGGCUGGUAACAUGCAUGUAUCACUAGCUGAAGCCCUGGAGGUUCGGGGAGGACCACUUCACGAAGAAGAAAUAUGGGCUGUAUUGAAUCAAAGUGCCGAAAGCCUUCAAGAGUUGUUCCGUAAAGCUGACCCCGCUGCGCUGGGCUUCAUCAUUUCUCCCUGGUCUUUACUGCUGCUUCCAUCUGGAAGUGUAUCGUUUACAGAUGAAAAUGUUCCUAACCAAGACCUGCGAGCAUUCACAGCGCCAGAAGUGCUCCAAAAUCAGCCACUAUCCUCUCUCUCUGAUGUUGAAAAGAUUCAUGUUUAUUCUCUCGGGAUGACACUUUAUUGGGGAGCCGACUAUGAAGUUCCACAAAGCCAACCUAUCAAACUUGGAGACCAUUUAAACAGCAUACUGCUUGGGAUGUGCGAAGAUGUCGUUUACGCCCGCUUGUCUGUCCGAACUGUUCUGGACGCUUGCAGUGCCCAUGUGCGGAAUAGUAACUGUGCACCUUCCUUCUCAUAUGUGAAGCACUUGGUGAAACUGGUUCUGGGAAGUUUAUCUGGGGUGGAUCAGCUUUCCUGUGUUGGGGACAGAAAGGUGCAGACUGAUAGGAGCCAGGCCAUCCGGGAGAGGCUGCGAGGAAAAGGUCUUCCCACAGGAAGAAGCUCCAUGGUGGAUGCUCCAGAAAUUCGCAAAACGCAGCUCUGUCAGCUAGCCUCGUUUAACAAAGGGCUUAGCAAGUCGAUGGGGGUUUUGUCUAUCCGAGGUGAAGAAGAGUGUUGCCAAGGCCUUUCCCCCUUUCAUGGUCACUCUGGUCAUGAAGAUGCCACAAAUACCUGCUGCCCGUACCGGUGUAGAGCGGCCGACUUGGAAAGGAAUGGUAACGCCGGAGCCGACGCCCGUCCGAAACGGAAAGUUUGGGCUUCCUCCUCAGACUUACUAUCCACAACUGACUCAGUGACUGAGAGAGAACAUGUUGGGGAUUGUCACAAACACCACAAUCACGCAGCGACGGUUGCAGGACGGACUUCAGCAGCGGCUCGAAGCAAGGAGGGAAGAUACUCUGAUGGGAGCAUAGCCCGUGAUAUAUUUGGCCCUCAAAAACUAGAUCAGGUGCACCAUGUGCCAGAAUUUUCAACAUCGGCAGCCAUUUCAAGUGCCUUCGACAGGAUCCGAGAGAGGCAGAAAAAGCUUCAUCAACUGAGGCAAGCCAUGGAUGCGGAAGAACACGGACCAAGGUACAGAUCUUACUACAGUGACCUAUACAAUACGGACAGUGAAGCCCCGUCCUUCAUUUCUUCUGAUGUCGAUUUUAGACAAGGGAAGAGAAUAGAAGGUUUAAAGAGAGAUGACUCCAGUGGUCCAAGUUCAGACGAUGCUUCUCCAUCGAAUCAAAUCCAGGGACAAAGAUCAAGGCAUUAUGAAGCAUCGCUUGACGGCAGCCUCGUAAGCCAAGAUGUGAUGCUCAAGCGGCAAGAAGAGGAGAUGAUGAAGCUGCAGGCCAAAAUAGCCCUCCGGCAGUCUCGGCUCAGCCUCUAUCCCGGAGACAUUGUGAAGACUCCCAUUCUGGAUAUGUCCAGAGACCCACUAAGAGAAAUUGCAUUGGAAACAGCCAUGACUCAGAGGAAAUUAAGGAAUUUCUUCGGUCCUGAAUUUGUGAAAACAACCAUAGAGCCAUUCACUUCCCUGGACCUGCCAAAAUCAAUUUUGGACAAGAAAGGGAAGAAUGAAGAGAGCCGCCGGAAAGUAAACAUCAUUCUUCUAAGUGGUCAGAGGCUGGAGGUGACCUGCGACACCAGGACAAUAUGCAAAGAUGUGUUUGACAUGGUGGUGGCUCAUAUUGGUUUAGUGGAGCACCACUUGUUUGGCUUGGCUACCUUGAAAGACAAUGAAUUUUUCUUCAUCGAUCCAGAAUUGAAACUAACUAAAAUAGCUCCCGAAGGAUGGAAAGAAGAACCAAAGAAAAAGAGCAAAAAUACCAUCAACUUCACCUUGUUCUUCCGCAUUAAGUUCUUUGUGGAUGAUGGCAGUUUAAUACAGCAUACUCUGACAUGUCAUCAGUAUUACCUGCAGUUAAGGAAAGAUCUCUUAGAAGAGAAGAUGCACUGUGACGAUGAAACAGCCUUAUUGCUAGCAUCCUUGGCUCUCCAGGCAGAAUAUGGAGAUUACCAAGCUGAGGUGCACGGCCUGUCUUAUUUCAGAUUGGAGCAUUAUUUACCACCUAGAGUGAUGGAAAACCUGGACCUUUCUCACAUCAAAGAAGAACUGCCAAAGCUGCACAGCACUUACACUGGAGGUUCUGAAAAAGAAGCCGAGUUGGAGUUUCUGAAGAUUUGCCAGAGGCUACCGGAAUAUGGUGUUCACUUUCACCGCGUAUUGCCAGAGAAGAAAUCUCGGACUGGAAUUCUGCUGGGCGUUUGCCCGAAAGGAGUUCUUAUUUUUGAAGUUCACAACGGCGUCCGUACCCCUGUCCUUCGUUUCCCAUGGAGAGAAACAAAGAAGAUAUCGUUUAGUAAGAGGAAAGUCACUCUGCAGAACACAUCCGAUGGUAUAAAACAUGCAUUCCAAACAGACACAAGCAAGACUUGUCAAUACUUGCUGCAGCUGUGCUCUUCGCAGCAUAAAUUCCAGCUGCAGAUGAGAGCCAGGCAAAGUAACCAGGACACUCAGGAGAUUGAAAGAGCAUCAUUUAGGAGCCUCAACCUGCACACGGAGUCUGUGAAAGGAUUUAACAUGGGCCGGGCCAUCAGCACAGGCAGCCUAGCCAGCAGCACCCUGAACCGCCUGGCAGUCCGGCCGUUGUCAGUCCAAGCGGAGAUCCUGAAAAGACUGUCCUGCUCCGAGCUGUCCCUCUUCCAGCCGCAUCCGGGUUCCUCAAGAGACAAGAACGAGAAGCCGUCAUGGGAAGAAAGGCCCAAGAUCAUGAGCAAAUCCUUUCACGACCUGAGCCAGAGUCAGAUCUCCGUCAGCCCUUUUCGGAAAAAUGUCAUCGGUGCCGUAGACUCUUCUUCACGAAGGAUGGAAGAAUUAAUGGGGAAAAUCUUCCAACCAGUGCCAAAAUCUGAUGCCGAAUCAGUGUCUGGAGCAGCAAAGCUGAAUAAUUUACAGUCUCAUCCAGGUUUAAAUGCCAGCCUAGAAAGAAAGAAAAAUGAAUCUGACUCAUCCUCCGCUGAAGAUACAUGCCAAGCCUAUGGUAUAGCAGAUGUACAAACGAAACAGAAUGUGAUUUCAUUGCCUGAGAGGGAGAUCAACUUGGUAAAGUUGAAAAAGAGUGAACAGUACGGUUUAGGUUUCCAGAUCACCGGUGGAGAGAAGACUGGAAAAUUAGAUCUUGGAAUUUUUAUUUGUUCAAUAACACCUGGGAACAAAUGAUUCCUGGAAGGCUCAGUGUCACUAUGAGAUCGCCUGAUAUCGGUGAACAGCGUGAGCCUGGAAGGAGUCAGCCACCACACUGCGCUCGAAGUUCUCGAGAGAGCACCCAGCGAUGUAACGCUUGUCAUUUCCCAGCCUAAAGAGAGGCCUGCCAAAGAAUUAUUGAAUCUCCUCAGUGGCGUGAAAGAAUAUUCAAAGGGGCCAUCAUGGACACAAGACAACGAGGCGGAGUCCUCUUCAGAGCGCAGCAGGCCUCCCUGCCACCAGAGGCCCUCUUCUGGGAGUCCGCCCGGCCUUCGCUCAGGCAAACGGGAUGGCAGCUUGAGCUCUCAAGAUUCCCGGACAGAGAGUGCCACCCUUUACCAAAGUCAGUCCAACAGCAUCUUUGGCAGCCACGUCCACGACAGGAUACAGCCGGAACUGCAGCACUGCCACGAAUCCCAGCUCGUCUUUUCCGGCUGCCACGAGAAGAACAGGACCUCCUCUGAGACUAACCAGGCAAAAACUAGAAAGGUCGGGGUGGUGGAGAAUGCAGAGUAUUCUGACCGAGGAGAUUCUGACAUGGAUGAAGCCACUUAUUCCAGCAGCCUGGAGCAAAUGCCAGCUAAAAAGGAGCCUCCUUCCAUGAAUUCAACCAGCUCAGUGAAUUCUAAAAAGUUUUCUGCAGCGUCUCUUAAACCAGGAGAUAUCUUUGAGGUCGAACUAGUCAAAAAUGAGAACGGCUUGGGCAUAAGUGUCACGGUACUGUUUGACAAGGGAGGUAUAAAUACCAACGUGAGACAUGGAGGCUUAUAUGUGAAGGCUGUUAUUCCCAAGGGAGCAGCAGAAGCAGAUGGCCGGAUUCAGAAAGGUGACCGAGUUCUGUCUGUCAACGGUGUUUCUUUAGAAGGCGCUACCCAUAAACAAGCUGUAGAAAUCCUGAGGAAUACUGGCCAGGAGGUUCACCUUGUGCUGGAAAAGGGGCAGCUUCCAGCCACCAAAGUCCACGCCCCUGUGACUCCCCAGUGCACACCCCCAGUCCAGUCUGGUCAAGGUGUCACUCCAGAGAGACCCAAAAAGAAGAUUUUAAAUGCCAGAGAUUAUAACUUUGUCACUGAUGACAACACAUUUGAGGUGAAGCUACUGAAAAACAGCUCAGGCCUGGGCUUCAGUUUUUGCCGCGAAGACAUUGUUUCUCCAGAACAACCAGGUUCCAGCAUCGUCAGGGUUAAAAAACUCUUCCCUGGACAACCUGCAGCAGAAAGUGGGCAGAUUGAUGUCGGGGACGUCAUCUUGAAAGUGAACAGUGCUCCAUUGAAAGGACUGUCCCAACAGGAAGUCAUCUCAGCUCUCAGGGGAACAUCUCCUGAAGUCACCCUUCUCCUCUGUAGACCUCUCCCUGGAAUACUUCCAGAAAUUGAUCCUUCUUUAUUGACGCCAAUCCAUUCCCCAUCACAGAUUUUCCCAGACAGCUGUAAAGGUAACUCCCAGCCCUUGAAUGGAGAACAAGGAGACAGCUCAGAUGAAAACGAAGCUACCGCCCAGGACAAGAAGCAGAUCAAGUCCACAGCCAGGAGGAACAGCUACAGCGAUAGCAGCGGGAGUGGCGGGGAAGAGCCUGUGGCAAACACAGCCCAGAUCGCGAAUGCAAGGUGGAGCUCUGCUCUGUACCAGGCGCCAAACAAAUUGACAGCUCGAGUGCACAGUUCUUACGAGACUCCCUGCAGUCAGGAGGAGGCUAUACGCACAUUAUAUUACUCACCUCAUGAGGUGUCUAGGAAACUGGAACAUGAGGAAGGUAGCCCUCCAUCUUCUCUGCUGUUGGAUUUGCCGGCGGUGCCAAGCUGCAGAACCGUCACACCUGGCUCAAAAGAUGAAAACCACCCUUCUCUCACUGAGCUCACAGCGCCUCAAGGAGGCCUGGCAGCGCUGUUCAACCAGCUUGAAAAAAACGCAGAGGAAUAUGAACCGGAGGUGGAACUCAACGUGACCCUGACAAAAUCAGAAAAGGGUAGCCUCGGUUUCACGGUGACCAAAGGCCAUGACAGCGUUGGCUGCUAUAUCCACGAUGUCCUUCAGGACCCCGCCAAAAGCGAUGGGAGGCUACGACCCGGAGAUCGCCUCAUCAAGGUUAACAACACAGACGUGACAAACAUGAGCCACACCGAUGCAGUCAGUUUCCUUCGAUCGGCUCCAAAGACGGUCAGGCUGGUGCUUGGACGUGUUCUCGAGUUACCCAAGAUACCCGUGUUGCCGCACAUGCUGCCCGACAUCAGCCUGUCUUGCCAUAAAGAAGAACUGGGUAUCUCUCUCGCAGGUGGUCAUGAUAGCCUUUAUCAAGCGGUCUACAUUAGUGAUAUCAGUCCAAAGUCUGCCGCAGCUGUGGAAGGAACUCUCCGCAUGUUGGACAUCAUCCAUUACAUUAAUGGGAUCAGCACUCAGGGAAUGUCUUUGAAAGAAGCAAAGAGGACGCUGGAGACGUCACUUCCUGCGGUGGUACUGAAAGCAACAAGAGAUGCUCAUCCAGUGUUUCCGAAGAAUAAAAGCACAACGAACUCAAGUCCAAAGUCAGUCAAACCUAAUGGUCAUUUCGUCAGUGAGCCCCAUGGCAGAGCAGAAACAGGACUUAAUGCUCAUGUGCCCAAGGUUAAUGGUGAUUUAAACAAUUGUCAUAAGAAAAAAGGGCUGGGGAAUAUCACGGUAUCUAAAGAGGCAUCUCCAAGUGAUGCUGCUAGUCUGACUUCAGAUUUUUCCAGCUACAAUAACAACUCUGGAGAAGUGCAGGACGACGAUUCUUAUGAUGAAGAUGAUCACAAUGAAGUCAUUCAGUACCUUUUGGACGUUGUAGAUGAAGAAGCCCAGAAUUUGUUAAACCGGAGCAAUGCCGUAUCUGGGAAUCACCUGCCAGAGGCAAACGGGAAACUUACAGAAGAAAAAUCAGAAGACACAGAUUGUGAUGGAUCGUCUUUGCCUGAGGAUUUUCCAGAGCCCCCACCACAAAUAAAUGGCUGUGAAGAGCACUGUAAUGACAAAGGGGUUUCUGAAAGAUUACCUCGGCAACCUUCAGCAGACCAAGAUGAGGAUGAGAUUACUUGGGGAAGUGAGGAGCUCCCAAUUGAAUCAAUCAACCAGAAGCAACUUGUUGAAGAUCGCCCGUUGGUAACGAACGAAGAGCUUGUGGCACUUCCUGUAGUCCAAGUGCUUCCUUCCGGCAACUAUACGGGGUCGAAGCUGAAGUCAACAGUGCAAAUGCUGCGAGACUUGUUGGAACAGGGAGUCCCUUCUAAGGAGGUUGAGAAUCUUCAAGACCUGAAGCCCUUGGAUCAGUGUUUGGUGGGCCAAACAAAAGAAAACAGGAAGAAGAACAGAUACAAGAACAUCCUGCCCUACGAUACCACAAGAGUGCCUCUGGGGACCGAAGGGGGCUACAUCAAUGCUAGCUUCAUCCAGAUGCAAGUGGGGAGUAAAGAAUAUGUUUACAUCGCGUGCCAAGGACCGCUCCCUACAACUGUGGCGGACUUCUGGCAAAUGGCCUGGGAACAGAACUGCACAGUCGUGGCCAUGAUGACCCGAGUGUUCGAAGUCGGCACCGAGGGAUGCAAAUGCCAGCGUUAUUGGCCCGACGAGCAGGGCAAGACCACAAUGGUCAACGACAGACUCCGGCUUGCCCUUGUGAGGAUGCAACAGCUCAAAGGCUUUGUAAUAAGAGUCAUGGAGCUAGAAGAUAUUCACACAGGUGAACUCCGGCAUGUGACCCAUUUGAACUUUACUGCCUGGCCGACUACUUCGACAGCCUCAAUGCCAGACGAUUUGCUCACUUUUAUAUCCUACAUGAGGCACGUUCACAAAUCAGGACCAAUCAUCACUCACUGCAGUGCAGGCAUUGGACGAUCAGGGACCCUCAUUUGCAUUGACGUGGUCUUGGGACUCAUCAGCCAAGAUCUAGAGGUGAGAGAAAUUUCUGGGGUGGCUCUAGUUAUGGGCAUUUGAGCUGGCUUUUCAGUGCGUGGCUCCACGUUUAUUCAGUUUGCUGACCAAUAUAUUUUCUGCUAUCAAGUUAUUCUCUAUGUCCUGACACGUCUUCAAGUAGAAGAACAGCAGAGAAACAACUGAAUUGGGAAACCAAGUAUGCUUUUUUUAAAAGAGGCAGGCAGGUUGGACAGAGAAAGGAGGUUCCUGAAUAAUUCAGGCACGUCUACACUACACAGUAAAACUGAUUUCCCGUUUGUUCUGUCUCCCAUGACGGAUUUUUAACCAGGGAUUCUCAGCAAACCACAAGUUUGCACAAAUCCUUGGGCGAAGCCAUGACAGCUAAACUGGUAUAAAGCUAACACGCAUUUGUGAUGCAGAUGUGCCUUGAGUGCAUUCUUGCCAAUAUAGUCCCAGUUGCUGUUGUGCACCAAGUACCCUUUUACUCCUUCCCCUGCAUGAUGCUGGCAGGGGAUGAUGGGAACUGUAGUCCAUAACAUCUGGAGGGCCGCGAGUUUGACACCUAUGGUCCAGAGCCUUGCACCCCCUUGAAAAGCACUGCAGUUGUUUUGACACCAUGGCUGUUUCCGCAUGGGUGAAAAACGGUGGAAUUAGUAUGAAAGCUUGAUUGUGAAAACAAUUACUAAGCGGCUUUUACACCGUUUUACAAUACUGGAUUUUCACCGCGGCUCGUUUGGCCCCCCAAUGGAGAUCAGCUACCAUGAUAAAUGACUGACCUUGUUAAACAGCUUUCUAUUUUUACAAGAAGUAUUAAUGUCUCCUACAAUUUUAUUUUUCCUCCCUAGCUAUUUUAUAGUAUAUUCUCAUGCCGGGUGUGGGGGGGGCGAGGGGGGGGAGAAAUACAAACAGUAUUUUAUCGCGGUGGACUUUCUUACAGGGACAUUUGUAUUAGCCUAUUUUUAAAUUUUUGUUAAUAGAAAAGCUGUCUUUUUCCAGCAUUUUUUAAACUACCGUAGAGCUUUUUAUAGAAAAAUACUUGAAAUCAGUAUUUAAGCUUUACAUCAUAUUAGUAUAGGGAAAAGUAGCAACCAUUGAACUGUAAGUAUCCCAUGUUAUAUUGUUUACUUUAUAGAGACUUGUGUAUAUAUUUAUAUACUUUUACAAAAAAAAGGUGACUUAUCAGGUGUCUGAGUGUAUAACUACUAAGACACCACCACAAUGUAAAUAAAAGUACACUUUUAAAAUAUGAA